AUGGAACUCUCUUCCUCUUUUUUACUCUCUCCAAAGGCAUGCAACUACUCUUUCUCAUCCUCCCUCUCUCCGUUCCCGAUUCACCUUUUCAUCAGAAACUCCAAAUCCCGAACCCCCUCUUUUCGAAUUCUCGCGGUGGCUUUAGAGCCGCAACAGGACUUCCCCGGGAACAGUCCCCAGCGACUUCUCAAGGAACUCGCGGCACGCAAAAAAGCGAUUUCCCUGAAGAAGGGACCCCCAAGAAGGUUCAUUCUAAGGCCCCCAAUAGACGAUAACAAAUUAGCGGAAAGGUUUCUCAACAGCCCGCAACUCUCUCUCAAAUCGUUCCCUUUAUUGAGUUCGUGCUUGCCCUCGUCGCGGCUCAACAAUGCGGAUAGGUUGUGGAUUGACGAGUACUUGCUCGAAGCGAAGCAGGCUCUGGGGUACUCUCUCGAGCCCUCGGAAACUCUUGGAGACGAUAACCCCGCGAAGCAGUUCGACACGUUGCUGUACUUGGCGUUUCAGCACCCGUCGUGCGAGAGAACUAAGGCGCGGCACGUGCGGUCGGGGCAUUCGAGGUUGUCUUUUCUGGGACAGUACGUGCUAGAGUUAGCGCUGGCUGAGCUUUUCUUGCAGAGGUAUCCGAGGGAGUCGCCGGGUCCAAUGAGGGAGAGAGUGUUUGGGUUGAUAGGGAAGAGAAACUUGGAUCAGUGGAUUAAAGCCGCAAGCUUGCAGAAUUUGAUAUUCACGUAUGAUGAUAUGGAUAAGAUAAGGAAGAGGGAAAGGGACGGUCCUGUGAAGUCAGUAUUUUGGGCUUUGUUUGGGGCUAUCUAUCUUUGUUUUGGUAUGCCAGAAGUUUAUCGUGUUCUUUUUGAAGUCUUUGGAAUGGAUCCAGAUGCUGGGGAUUGCCAGCCUAGACUGCGUAGACAACUUGAAGAUGUGGAUUAUGUAUCUGCUGAGUUUGAAGGCAAGCUAAGCUGGCAAGAUAUUGUUGCAUAUAAGCCUCCUGCAGAUGCUCUGUUUGAACAGCCAAGGCUAUUUAGAGCUUGUGUUCCCCCAGGAAUGCAUCGGUUUAGGGGCAAUAUAUGGGAUUAUGAUACCAGACCCCAUGUUAUGAAAACACUUGGAUAUCCGUUAGAAAUGACAGACAGAAUCCCAGAAAUUACUGAAGCCAGGAACAUAGAGCUGGGACUUGGAUUGCAGCUUUGUUACAUGCAUCCAUCGAAGUACAAAUUUGAGCAUCCUCGAUUUUGCUACGAGAGAUUAGAAUACAUUGGCCAAAAGAUACAGGAUUUGGUGAUGGCUGAAAGAUUAUUGACGAAGCAUCUGGAUGCUCCGGGGUUGUGGCUACAACAGAGGCACCGUGGUCUUCUUAUGAAUAAGUAUUGUGGAAGAUAUUUGAGGGCCAAACAUCUCCACCGGUAUAUUAUAUUUGACGAGAAGAUUCAAGACACGUAUGAGAAUAACCGGAGAAAGAGAAACCCAGCCACAACAGCUGUUCAACAAGCUCUUCAUGGCCUUUCCUAUCUUGUUUACGGGAAACGUGACGUGAGGCGCCUCAUGUUUGAGUUUUUUGAUUUUGAGCAGAUUCAACCUAAAGAAGUAGUCUAG